AUGAUUGACCCAUUUCGCUCUUCUUUUAGUGGUAGCACCCCCUUCAAUGGUGGUGCUAUAGAUCAACUGCAACACAUGCAGCAACCUGUGUUUUCGCUUCACUCGGAGCCACUUCCUCCGUUGGUUAGCAACGUGGGAGCUAGUCAUAACGGCGGUGUUGAAGAAAAUACAACGCUGCAUAUGACUGUCACGGAGGAGGUGGACGCGUUUGAUGAAGGCCAGUUGGAGAAACUUCGUAGGACGCUGCAGUUGUUGGAGGGUAUUUCGCAAGGGCGUCACGCUGUGGAUUGGAAAGGCCUUAUCAAUCCUAGCAAACCAGUGGAGUCGGCCAAAAACGUGAGCUCGAUGUUAGCUAGGCCCACAACCCUUCCUAGCGCCAUUGAAUGUGUUGCAAAAUGUAUCACAACACCGGAACAUUUGUCUAUUGUUGCCAAGCUCGACCAGCCUUUCAGGUCUCAGGUGCGGGACGCCGUGCUCCAAGAGCUCCUCAAUACACUAACCACGGAACGGGAUCCGCCACCAAUGCCCGUCUGCUCAGAGAUGCUAGCGGAAAUGGUUCAGUUGAACCUUGUUGUUCUCCGGGGUGUAUCGCGGACACUGGAGACGUUACUGAGUGAUACAAACACGCGGCGAGCAGCAAUUGCCGUCUUAGGGAAGUUGGCUGACCGUAGCCGCGGUGAUGCCGUUUUUGCACGGGCUGUGCAGAACCUUGAGCCGUUAGUGCGAGCUAUUAACGAUACGGAGUAUGAAUACGACCGUGUAGCAAUUGCCCGACUUCUAAGGUGGGGCGGAUCGGAAAGGGAAGCAUCACUGGUGCUGGAGAGGAUCAUAGCGUCGCAGCCGCAGCAAUAUCAGGUAACCUCUAUGGCAUAUAUUGGCCAACGCGACGAGCUUGCUUCUGCCACAUGCGACGGGUCGGUUGUUAUUUGGGGGAGCCCCAACGCCGUGAGUAAAGAGGUCCGCCCAGCGACAAGCAUAGACCUACCACAGAACUAUGUGCCUGUAGCAUUGGAGGCUCCGCCGAAUGGUAGCUACAUGGUAGUUGCCGGCAUGCCGAUUUCUUUAGCCAGUCAACAGGCCAUGAUGAAGGCGAGUGGGAGCGGCAUCAGUGGCCACAACUGGGAGAAGAGGCGACAAGCUUCACCAAGUCGGGUGAGGGCACCUCUUCUUCGCUUUCUCACUUGUAAUGAGGGAACUGGGGUGUGGAUGAGUGGCGACACCACAAUGCGGAAAGAGAAUACCGCACUGACUGCGGCGGUUGCGCUACCAAAUAUGGUGGUAUGCACUGCAGAGAGCUACCCAUCCGAGCGAUCGUCGGAAGCGGGCAUACAGCACAAUCUAGUUUUACUCAACGGUUGCGCGCCUCAACCUCUAGGUGUUUUUGAAGGAGCUCACGAGGACUACAUUACUGUGCUUCGUGUUGGCGAUGAGAGCGGUCAUACGCUGUUCACUGGAUCCCGCGACUGUGUGGUGAAAAUGUGGGACAUUCGGAGUAAUUCGACUCGAUCCGUCUUCUCUCUAGGAUCUGCAACAGCUCCACAUGCCGAGAUACCGCUUCACCGUCUAGAGAAUGCCCACACUGAUACCGUUACGUCAAUUUUCCCCCAUCGCAAAGUGCUGCUUACGGCUUCCCUAGACGGAAAUCUCCUCAUGUGGGACAUUCGGCAGUUGUGUGCGCCAGUGCAUGAAAUGCAGCUGCAUUCACCCAUCCUGGAUGUUGCCCCUGCAAGUGGUGGAUUCAUGGUGGUCUCGACUGCGCGGAGUCUCAACUUACUAUCGCUAGAGACGCUAAAGUUUCAUGACAUUGUGCCGAAUGUGUCGUACACCCAACUGCGCACAAACUUUGAUGGUCGGGUUAUGUUUGGCGCGGGUGGUACCGGCGUUAGUGUGUAUUCCGUGAGAGACUGA